AUGGUUCAAACUGAACACAAUUAUACAGAUUACAGGAAAUUUGUGGAAUGGAACAAAAGUCAAGAACAAGGCGACCGACUGCCUACCAGGUAUGAUGAGAAGUUUGGCAAGGGUAAGUUCGGCUCGGUGUACAGAUGUAAGGAGAAGUCAUCCGGCAAGAUCCUAGCGGCGAAGUUCAUAAAGACAUCGCGACCGGCCGAGCGGCUUGAGGUGGAGAACGAGGUGGCCAUCAUGCAAGAGCUCCAGCACCCAGGCCUGCUGCAGCUAUACGCUGCCUACGACAACGGCGCUGAGAUGGUCCUCUUCUUAGAGUUGAUAUCCGGCGGAGAGUUGUUUGACCGCGUCAUCGACGAGGAAUUCAUCCUGACAGAGAAGGUCUGCUCGAUAUUUCUGCGACAGAUUUGCGAAGGCUGCAAGUUCAUGCAUACACAGAACAUUCUGCAUUUAGACAUGAAGCCAGAGAACGUUCUGUGCGUGACGAGAACAGGUAACCGCAUCAAGCUCAUCGACUUCGGACUGGCGCGCAAGUUCGACCCGAAGGUGACGGCGACGGCCAUGUUUGGCACGCCGGAGUUCGUCGCUCCGGAGGUUAUCAACUACGACCGCAUCGGCUACGGCACGGACAUGUGGAGCGUCGGCGUCAUCACUUACGUGCUGCUGUCGGGAUUGUCACCAUUCAUGGGCGACGAUGACAAUGAAACGCUGGCGAAUGUCACCUCGGGAGAGUUCGACUACGACGAUGAAAGCUUCGAUGAGAUAUCCGACCUUGCCAAAGACUUCAUCAAUCAUCUCUUGGUGAAAGACAUAGCAACCCGUAUGUCGGCCGAGGGAUGCUUGAAUCACAACUGGCUGAAGAGGGAAGUCUCGGACAAACAGCUCGACAAGACUAAGCUGAAGAGAUACGUUAUCAAGAGGAGGUGGAAAAAAGCGGUGAACGCCGUCCUGGCAUUGAAAAGAAUGGGCGCCAAGAUCUAAGAAAAUCAGGUCUCUGGAGACGUCUACUACGUGUGGGCGUAAGGGAGGGAGAGCUCGGGAACCUACGGAUACCGCACGAGUCUAAGCUGCACGCCUGCAGCAGCUAGGCAUUAACCCCUAAAAUAAACCACCGCGAUACGACAAAACGCUUGAUAUCGCCACUAACUUGAUUUCCGGUUGCGAUCGUCAUUUACCUAUUAACAAUUGAACGUCGCGCUAAAAAACAAUUGGCUGUAAGUUGAAUCUAUUUGAAUCAGAAGAGAGCAGAUCGUCUAUCCCGCCCCUUAAACUUUCGAUUCUACGCGGUGUCAUAAUCCAUCUCGGUUCGCUACCUCUCCCUGCGCUUUCUCAGCCACCGUACCAUUUUGCGUGAUUUUUGUAGCGUAGUGGUGGCCAUUGCGGCUGUCCCACACACACUCCCCACCCCCCGCGGUAGCUGAACGCGCUACCCCUGGCCGUUACCUCCUAUUCGCGGCACCCCUCCCUCUUACACGUGUUUCUGUUGCUUGCGUUGCGUCACCCGUAGUUGCGACUAGUCGCCUGAUUGUCACUCGCUCGUGACAGCAGAUCUGUUACGUCGCAACAAGCGGCUAAACCUUACGCGAAGCCGUCUGAAGUGGGCGCUAGAUCGAUUGGUCGCGCUACCGAAUUCGGUCCGCGAGAUGUCGCCACUGACUAUCGGCCUGGCGCACAUUGUUUGUUUGAACUGGUGUGUAAUUUUGCAAAGGUGAUUAAUAAUGAAAAAAGAGUUAUUUUUUGUGUUGAUAUAUUUUAUGUGCCCCUUUUGCGAACUGUUUACCUUAAGUAACUUUUUCUUCUUAAAUGUGUUCGUUUUUGUGGCUUGAGUUUCGGCUUUACUCGUUGCCUAGGCGAUCUAGAAAUGAUAAACGACAUAGAAUUUAUCGCUGUACUUCAGACGCCUCUAGUGUUUAUACGAUUUGAUUAUAUUUCAGCGAUUUUGUUUGCUAUUGAUAUCAUUGGCCCGAUAGAGUUAUUCGGAUUAGAGGAGGAUAUUACGACCCUUUAUACUCGAUAAAUACUCGACGAGUAAUCGUUAUCGUUUUGCGUGUAUCGUUGCAUGUCGCACGUUUUUCUACUUAUACUGUAAAAAAUAUUCUUCGUCUUUCUUGUGUCGAUCGUCAAUCAUCAGGGAUGUUUCAUAUACGUGUACGAGAGAUGUUCGUUUGUUUUCUAGCGUUGUUUUGCAUACGUUUUCAUAUUGAUACCCCCCCACCCCCACCAGCAGCAAGAGCUUAGUUUGUAACAACCAGUUUCGUUUCGUUUUCCUCAAAGGAUGCCUUCUCAAACGAAGCAUUGACUCUAGAUUAGCCAGUGUCGAGGAGAUGUUAAAGAUAAAUAUAAUAUCUAUAUUCAACCCGUAAGUCCAUCGCAGGGAGCACUGCGUAUAAUAUAUGGUCGUUGAGUUCAUCGUUGUCAGGUAUUCGCAUGGAAUAGACCUUCGUCGGGUUAGCAGGCUGACUAGAUAGGACAUUGUGAACACCUCAGCGUGUGCCGUGUCACGAGAGAGGGGCCUGCCCCGCACGCUGCCAUGCCCCACAGGGUGUACUUUCAUCGAGUCUCCGGCUCUCACUCUCGUUUUCUCACAUUCUCGCUUCUAUUCUCUCUCACUUUCGCUUUUUCUCGCCCUCAUUUCGAUCUUUCCUCUUAUCGUUAUCUGCCUCUCACUCUCACGCCCUAUCUUUCUUCCUCUUUCGCGUUCGCAUCUCUCUCUCUCUCUCUCUCUCUCUCUCUCUCUCUCUGGGAGCGUAACUGUUAAUAGACUAGUCUCCGCCAGAUGGCAGCAUGAGACCGCGACGUUUAAGAAGAGUAUGGUUUCGGAGGAAGAGAACCGUGGACUCCGUCCGGCUCAUGGUAGGCCUGCAGUAAUGACUGACGGGUGGGUCGAGCGAGCGAGCAUCUUCCGCCGUGUCUGUGCGAUGCAGCUUGUUUUUUGAAUAUAAAUAUAUCGAUUUGUCAUAAGUUGUGUAAUUUCGUUUGUGACUCGCGACAAAUAGACAAUAGUUAUAUAUUCGGGCAGUUCGUGUAAAAGUUAGGUCUGUUUAUAUUCUUAAUAUAACUUCAAAUAUUGCCGUCCGUUUUUCCUAUACUCUUACGCGAAAAAAAGAAGGUUUUUCAUUGAUACACAAAUUACAGUCACUGCGUGCGUGUAUGCGUGUAAACUAUAGGUAAUCUUAGUGAAUUAGAGUCUGGUACAUUUGGUACAUUCUUAAAACGUAAAUACUGCUUGGGUGCACGGGUGUUAUAAUUUUGUCGUUUGGACCAUGCUAUGAGACUUUUAAUAGACAGAUAUUCCGCCAUUUUGUAUUACGCUCAGUGUUGUUUGAUUCGGUUAGCCAUCAAAGGUUUCAACAUUUUUACGUUGUAGAUUAUAAUUGAUGCUUCUUUUUAUUCUCAUUAAUUCUGUUACAACCAGAGCAAGAAUAAACUGCGAUUUUUUUCUUUCUAAGUGCUAUUAUGUUAAUGCAGAGAAAUUACAGUUUUAUAUUGUGACGUCAGUAGCAAAGAAACUCUCCCACAUUGUAUCAUUUUCCCCUAAAAAUCUUUCGUAAGUUGA